UUUUACCGCUUUGCUUUCUUUAUUCCACCCUGUCGCCCUGCUUCUUUCUCUGUUAAAUACGUCUCGGCCUGCCGUCUGAGUGUAUUUAUUUAUUCAUGCAUCUAAUUUGAAAAUAUUUAGCUUUUUUUUUCUUUUUUACAUUUUAGUCCUUCCUCAAAUGAGAAGACGUAAAAGAUGGAGCUUCAUAUUUUAGAGCACAGCUUGAAAGUGGCGAGUAUAGAGAAAGAGGGGAUCCAGAUUUGCACUCACGGAUUAAUAAAACUCGCCUUCCUGGCCUCCAAAACAAGAUGCAAGUUUUUCAGUUUGACAGAGACUCCAGAGGACUACACCAUCAUCGUCGACGAGGAAGGCUUUAAAGAGCUGCCCCAGUCGGAGCACAUCAGCGUUGCUGACGCCACGUGGGUGGCCCUUAACGUGGUGUCAGGAGGUAGCAACACAUCCACUUCACAACCCAUAGGAGUCACCAAAAUUGCUAAAUCAGUUAUCGCACCACUGGCCGACCACAACAUUUCUGUUUUCAUGCUGUCGACGUAUCAGACGGACUUCAUCCUGGUUCGAGAGCGAGACCUCCCGAUGGUCAUGCACACUCUGUCUUCCGAAUUCACUUUGUUUCGAGUGGUCAAUGGGGAGACUGUUGCUGCUCACAAUCUGGGGGUGACCAAUGGCUUUGUGAAACCAAAACUUGUGCCCCGUCCCAUCAUUCACCCCUUAUCCAGUCCCAGCAACAUGUUCUGUGUGACCAGCCUGGACCCAGACACACUGCCCUCUGUGGCCACUCUGCUCAUGGACGUCAUGUUUUACUCUGGAGGGCAAAAAGAGUCUGGAGCAUCCAGUGAAGACUCAAACCACAUCCGCUUCUUCUCCUUCUCCCUGAUCGAGGGCUACAUCUCUCUGGUCAUGGAUGAACAGACAACACAAAGGUUUCCAAACAAUGUACUUUUUACCAGCGCCUCUGGUGAGCUUUGGAAAAUGGUUCGAAUUGGAGGGCAACCUUUAGGAUUUGAUGAGUGCGGCAUCGUGGCUCAAAUAUCAGAACCGCUGGCGACGGCUGACAUUCCAGCUUACUACAUUAGCACCUUCAAGUUUGACCAUGCCCUGGUUCCUGAAGAAAACAUCCAAAGUGUGAUUGGCGCGCUGCGGACUGAGAGUGCUGCACAGUGAAGGAAGCUGGAGAAAGCGAUGACGACUACCAUCUCCAAAGUCAUUUUGUCUAAACGUUUAUCAUGUCCAAAAAGUGCCAAGAGCUUGCUAGCAGACUACUGUGGGUCAACUCUGAAAGGAAGGACGGAGGGAGAGAGGAGGGUGACAGUGUGUAAGGGAUGCCUUUGUUACUCGACCAUUUUCUUUACCCCCCAACUACUCUUUGCCUUCCUUCAUGCCCGAGUCCCCUCCACCUCCACCUGCGCGCUCUGGUAGUUUUCGCAUUAGUUUACCAAACUGUCUCUUUUCUUCUCUAAAGCUGCUUCUUCCCACUCCCUGACCCUCCUGAGCACCCUACUGUAUUAGUUACAUAAUUCCUCUCAUGGAAAGAUGACGAAUGUACUCUCAAAGCAAAAUAAUUAUUAUAUAUAGUUAUCAAAUUCUCCUUUUUUUUGUUUGCUUUGUUUUUCCACAGGUCAUUUUUCUCAGUGCCAAGAUGUUUGAAUGCCUAAACCGAUGCCUUUGUCUAAAAUACUGCACAUGUGCAAUUGAAGGAGACAGCCAGCGUUGGCGCUUGUUUUUGCUUUUUAGUCAUUGUUGAACAUGUUUUAAUCAUCGAUCUGACUAUUGGAGUCCCCCAGACUUAAAAUCAGUCUGGCGAAACAUGAAGUGAAUCAUUUUUUUGUGCAUUUACUAAGUUACAUCCAUGCACACUGUGAGCAAUAUGAUCGACGGGCCAAUCAGGAUCUGUAGAUUUGAUUAUUUUCAGCGAUUUGGCUGAUAGGCGUCAUUUUUGUGAGAGGUUGUUGAUUUCUUAUUUGAUUUUGGAUAUGAUAUAGAAAACAAAGUUCCCAAAUGACGAAUUCUUAAUAACUUCUCCCACAGCGUCACAAUCAGUUCAAAACGUCUCUUAUUUUGAGACAUUCCCAUCAGCCUCUUCUGCACACUAUUUGUUACCUGAAAUGGUCAACAUGGUCCUCAUGAGACCUCUGAAACACUAGCAUGUGAGCAUUACAACCACUCCCACACUAACCACUAUGUGCCAAAUUUAGGUUCAGUUUGCCACAAAAUUAAAUUUACGUCUGUACCGUCUUGUGAGGAUUUUAAAUUAGCUCUAAAUUGUUAUACAUGUUAUUUUUCUUUGUUCAUCUUGUGUCAAUUAAUCUAAUUUAAAACAUAAAAACUGAAUGAGGGCCGAAAAGUGUUGAUUAAAAACUCCAUCCAGCUAUUCUCUUCCACUUAUCCUCCUGAUAUUUCAAGCUGAAAAACACGACUGAAAAAAAUCGCAGUGUAUGCCCAGCUUUAGUAAAAUAAUCAGUGCAGAUCUAUACCAGGCACAUAAAAUUUCAAAUUACCUUUACAAUCUUCCUCUUACCCAAAAAUAUAUCUGAAACUCCAACUGAUAUUGAUUUUAUUGAUGGAUAAAAAAAAACAAAGAUAAUCCACAUCACCAUGCAUUAACUUUACAAUGCAAAGUAUGAAAGUAGAGGCUGCAGGAGGAAAAGGAGGGAGCGACUAGCUCCACCCUGUCAAUACUUCAAAUAAGCCCCUACCAACAACACUGAACACGGUAAAAAUAACAGAAGUUCCUCCACGAGUAUCUGUCUCAUUUAAAGAAACCGUUCACUACUAAAUAGUUGCUUUUGAUGGCAAUCAUACUAAUAAAAUAACCCGUUUUCCAACCUUGUACUGCCAAAAACUCAUGUUUGAGAGCAAUUACGCCGACACUUUCCAGUGACCGUGUUGCUCACAGUGUGCAUUGGAGUGAGAAACGCUGAAAAGAUUUGCAUCGACACUAGUAAUAAAUUACUGAGCCACUUCCAUGUGCUAGAAUAAUGUCAGUGCAAGUGUGCUAACAUAAGCUACGGUUCACACAGGGGAAGGAAGGUUACACUCCGAGCCCUGGUGUCCAUUUUGGUCUUGAAGCUGCCCCUCUCCUACUCCAGUCUGCACUUUAAUGCAGGUCCCACCCCCACAGACCUGCUGUACUGAUGUGAACACAGAGAGGGCUCUUUUCUUUAGGUAGAUCUUGUCCACAUGGAACGAUUUCUGUUGGUAUUAACCGUUGGUGAUGAUGUUUUUCUUCCUUUUUGUUUUCUUCUCUUCACACCACCUUCCACCUAUCUGCAGCCUCUCCUCUGAUCACAUUUGAUUAGUAGAUAAUCUGUAUUUAUCAGUGUUAAAACAUGAGGAAGGUGUUAUUUCUUCUGAUUGCAUUUCAAAGAAAAAGCCUUUCAUUUUGAAGCUUCUUUUGUGGGGGGGUGGGGAAAUAAAUGAAAAAAAUAAACUAGCUGUUUUUUGA